AUGCCCACACGCAGUCCAAGCUGGUGGACCCCUCCGAAAGCUUCUCUGCCGCCUCCGCACGGCGAUGUUCCUUCAAGUGUCAUCUUCCCACCCCAGCCGCCCAGUGCUGCUGGGGCUAGGCUUGGAAGUGGAAUUUUGACCAUCAAGCUUCACAGCGCAACUCGCGUGGGAUCGCUUUCAUGUCCGGAAGAGAUCGAUCAAUGGCCUAUUUACGCCUUGCUCGAGUGUGAGAGCUUCCAGUUAUCUGCCAGGGCCGCCUGGUGGGGUGGGAAGAGAGGAAGUGCUCUUUGGCGAGAGACCUUCCACUUUGACGUUACCAAGUCUCCCGAGUUGGUGGUCUAUCUGUCCACCAGAAACCAUAAUGCUCCAGAGGGGAGUCGAAUUGAGCCCCGCGGGCGAUUCACAAUAACCUCUCUUCCGGAUGGGUACCCCGUGGGUAGAUUGUUGGCAGAUAUCCAGGAUGGCACCGGCCAAGUGGAACUCAUUGUCUCGUAUCUCCAGCAAAAAGUGCCAGCUUUGGAAGAUCGAAACGUCUGGGAGCUUCUUGGGAUGGAUCAUGUCAACUUCGUUCAUGUCACCAAAAGGGACACCGGCCGAACUUACGCCAUGACAGUAGUUCAACUUCGCACAGCUAAUGCUAUUCCAGAAGCUGAGAAGGCGAACGACCUCGGCUCUUCUAUAUGUCACCCGUUUAUCGCACCGCUCAAGUUCGCUUUCGCAUCGGGUAGACGGCUCAGCCUCUUAUCACCACUUGCCAGUGGCGGACACCUCUUCUAUCACCUUCAAAGGGAGCGGCGUUUCGAUGGUGACAAAGCUAAACUCUACGCUGCCGAGCUAAUCCUCGUAUUGGAGUAUCUCCAUAACAAGAAUAUAAUCUUUGCUUUACUUGACCCAGCACAUAUUCUCCUAGAUACGUACGGUCACAUUAGUCUUUGCCACCCUGCCAUAUACAGUAAGGGCCUACCAAUAUCGGGCGCUAUAGACUGCAUUCUAUCGGCGUCGCUCGAGUAUACGGCCCCGGAACUCCUUGUUCAUCACGAGGCCACCCAAGCGGUCGAUUGGUGGAUGUUAGGGGUUAUGCUUUACGAGAUGUUGACCGGACUCCCUUCUUUUUACCAUAAGGACGUUGAGGAGCAACGGCGCAGAAUCAUCAGCCAAACCCUGCAACUCCCUCUAGGGCUUCCGUCGGACGCCAGCGACAUCCUCGCCGCACUUUUAAUCAAAGAUCCCUUACAACGUUUGGGAGCAAACGGAGCUUCCGAGGUCAAAGAUCACGCGUUUUUCCACGGCCUUGAUUGGCAGCGACUGCUCCAGCGCGAAUACACAACACCGUUCCAACCCGACAACACCAGCACCGUCUUCAAGCUUAAACCUAUCGAACGCGACAUGCACAAGCGCCCGGCGCGACGACUAUCCCGAGGCACGGUAUACGAGCACAGGGAGGACUUGGCAGGAUUCGGCUUCCCAUCCGUCUGGCAGCCUAUAGGCCAUGAGGUGGCUGAAAGCGAACACGUUGCUUUGGAUAAUGCUUCACCGCAGCUCAACGACAGUGCUUGGGAAUUGACAUGGAACCCAAUAUCUGCAAGUCUUUACUUCACCCAUCAACUGACCGGCGAAGAACGUUCAGCCGAGAUUCAGCCUCUUACAGGACCCCCAACUACGGAUGGACAUACUGUUGCCGCCGCCGCCCCGAUCGAGUCUGGCCCGGUUGCUCACAGCCUUCCUAACACGAAACAAUUACAGAAUGCCCUCGCAGUCGCGUUAAAAACUGGACACGGCAGCAACGUAGUAUUACAAAUCAUCAAGUAUGGCAUGAACUUGAAUAUCCCCAUUCUCCACUAUGACCAUGUGCCCGACGACACGGGCAUUAUGUUUGAUCUGAAGGACGAAAUCCCGGUCACACCACUAGAGUGGGCCACGGAACACAAUAGACUAGAUCUCGUCAACCUGUUCCUACUAAACGGUGCCGACCCCAACUAUACCUGUCAUGAGAUUGAAGGGCCUGCCUUAGUUAGGGCAGUACACCGAAAAUCACAACUUGUGCAACUCCUCGUGGAAAAGACCAAUCGGGUCUCGUCCACCAGGGCUCUCUGCGCAGCAGUCGAUCGGCAGGACGCCGCAAUCGUUGAGACUCUGCUCGCGAGCGGCGUCCGCUGCGAGUUUGAAGAGGCGGACCUAGCGUCUCCCCUGAAGAUGACUAACUACGACAACGCACUUUACGCCAACGCCUCACCGCGCCUAGAGGCGGUAGACUUGCUAGCACCUCUGGUCCGAGCGGUCAGGCUGGGCAACACGGGUCUGGUCCGGCUGCUGCUGGCGCACGGAGCUGAUGCUAACGUCGGCUACCACUGCGAUAGCGGUGGCUCGCUACCUCUCCCGCGACGGCAGCAUGGUUGGGAUUAUCAAAGAGCGGAGGCGGUGCCGAGGAAGGUGAACUUCUCCUGUGGAAGGGCCGCCCAGUUGGCCAUGGAGUUGGGCCACGACGAAAUUGUCCGGCUGCUCAUGGCAAGUGGUGCCGAUGUCCGUCUCCCGCAGCCUGUCUGGGCUGUGCAGGGCCACACGUGUCCACUGGUGCCAAGGGCUGUCUGGCUCGAGGUCACGGCUGGUUUGGAAGAGUUGAGGGUUGUUAUAGAAAAGAAAGCAUGA